AUGGGUACCUCGACGGCCUCGUCAACAAACGGCGUGAUCAAUGGGAGAGAAGCCCUAGGUCACGAAUCAAUCAGGGUACUCGCUCCAUACGCAGCGGAUUUCUCGACAGUGUCAAGUCCUGUUGACCCCUCCUUGGUAGCUUCAGCCCGAUGCUCAACGCAGGCCGACAUGCACGCGGCCAAUGCCACAAGCGCCGGUGGCGUAAUCAUCACAACCACCAUCGAACGGGAGACCAAGCUCGGCGGCGGCAGCAAGUCCCAAGGGAGCCCAGUGGGUAUCCCAAUGGGCCGCGGAUACCAGGAAUGCUAUGCGGGAGAGGAUGGCUGUGCAACUUUCCAAGAUGACCCCCAAGGAGCAUACGGCUCUAGAGUGAACAUCACCGCGGGCUAG